AUGAAUCAAUACUAUGGCUCCGACUGGGACACCGGUGACAUGGAAGGCUUGGUCUCGAUUGGCUCCCACAAGCUCUAUCUAUCCGCAUCUGGACCAGAGCGCCUGGCCGGGGAGCCUAUUGUCCUUCUUAUGCAAGGCCUCGGUAGCACCAUCGAUGAAUGGGUGGCCGUACGGAAGCUUAUGCUUCCCUUUGCGCGAUGGUUGAAUUACGAUCGUUCGGGGAUGGGCCGCAGUGAAAGUCUCGCUCAAAUGCCAGAAAGCAUAUCCGCAGAAUCUGUGGCAGCCGAACUGGAUACUUUAUUGAAAAACGCCGGCAUCGCCCCUCCGUUCAUCAUCGUCGGACAUUCUUGGGGAGGCAUAACUUCGCGUGAGCUUCUUAACCUCAGGCCAAAUGACAUCGUGGGUAUGGUCUUUGUAGACUGCAACACCGAGAGCUACUUCGACGACGGUACUUGGGGACUGGAGGUGUUUGAACCCAUGAUGGGUGGCCAGGACUUCAGUCAGACUACUGGUCUCGCGACCUCCCACCUUUUAUCCAAAGAUGAAUGGAAGUCGUUCUAUAAUGAACAAAUGAAUGAACGACACCAAAAGACCGAGAUGGCCGAAUAUCAAGGGGUAAAGACAAGCGGACGGGCUUUAGCCCAGAAGAGGCAGCUCGAGAAUCUCCCGCUGAAUAAUCAACCUGUGAGCGUGAUCAUCGCAGAUACGUCAAGCGAUUUCCAAAGAAUUUACGACUGUGGUGUCGCUGCAGGCAAAGGAACAGAAGAAGAACGAGCAGUGUAUCUCACGCACCUUGCCAGGCUGCGAGAGAAGAGUGAGGACUGGCAGUGCGAAUUGUUAAAGCUCUCUCGUCGAAGCAGGGCUGUUCGCGUGAAGUGCGGUCAUAAUGUGCAGAUGCUCCAGCCUCAGCCGAUCGUGCAAGAAAUAUAA